AUGAACUCCAACCUGAAGGGGGACCGGCUCCGAAAGCCGCAGUGGCGAAACUUGAAAGACGUCCGAAAGGCGUCGGUUCCUUUUGCUGAAACACGAGGUGUCUCCGAUUCGGUAGCGGAGACCAUCUCUCCGGGGAAGAAGAGCCCUGACACAUCGUACCUGCGGCUCUCCACGCCCUUUAUAUAG